CUCUUCGCUUAAAAUGUCAUGUUCGAAACUAGGAAACUUACCUGAAUUAACUUAUGAAGUUAUAAAAUAUUUUCAGAAUGAUUAUUCAACCUUACAUUCAUGUGUUUUAGUUAACAGAUUAUGGUGCCGUUUAUCGAUUCCAUUAUUAUGGGAAAAUCCAUUUUCAAUUCCUACUGGAAAUUAUAGCUUUAUUGAAAUUUACCUACAAAAUUUAAAUGGUGAAUUAAAAACAAAAUUUAAUGAACAUAAAAAUAAUGAAAUUCUGUUACUUUCAAACACAAUUUUCAAUUAUCCUAGUUUUAUAAAAUAUUUGGAUUUGUCGAAGUUCUCUAAUUCUGUUCGAAGGUGGUUUAAUACUGCUAAAAUUAAAAAUUUAGAAUUGGUAGAAGAUACUAAAAAACUAAUUACUAUAUCAUUAUUAAAAAUAUUUAUUGAAAAUGAAGUAAAUUUACAUACCCUUGAAAUUAAGAUAGUAGAUGAUUAUAUGACAUAUCUUAAAGAUAUUCUUGAGUUAACUUUACAAAAUCCAAAUUUCAUUCGCAAUACUAAAAAUUUAAAACUUUCUAUUUUAACAAUAUUUAGGAAUAAUAAUAGUAUGCUAAUUGACAAUCUUGUAUUACAAGUAAUUAAUUUACAUCAAAAUCUUAAAAAAUUUAUGUUAAGUUAUGAUAAUUUUCCUUUCUAUCAAUCUUUAUUAUUAUCAAAAGAUCAUAAUUGUUCAAAUACUUUAAAUACUAUCACAUUAUACCAAGUUAAUUUUAGCGGUUUAAAUAAAAUUUUUGAACAAUUAAACGUUUUAGAAUCUGUUCAUAUAAUUCAUUGUGAGAAUUUAAAUACUAGUUUAAUUCAACAAAUUCUUAAUUUAACCAAACCAUUUAAAUUAAAAUCCUUAUUCAUAAAUACAAUAUCAAAAAUUGAUGAAUCAUUAUUAUUAUUAUUACAAAAAUCUGGUGGUUAUUUAAAGAAUUUCAGUGUCAAAUAUUUAACGUAUUUCGGGAGCGAACUAGCACAACAAAUACUUGAAUUAGUUAUAAAAUAUUGUAAAAACAUCGAAUUUCUUGAUAUUUAUGGAAUCACAAAUCAGACUGUUUAUCCAGUAAUCAAUUUGAUUGAAAAUAUAAAACAAAAUCUUAAUUGUCUUUCCAUCAACUGCGGAGAAUCUAAUUUUAGUAAUAAUAGUUCAAUUUUAUUACAAAAUUUAGGACAAAUCCUUCCUUCUAAAUUAGAAUAUUUAGAUUUGACUCUCCGCAUUGAAGUAAGUGAUUUUAAAGUAUUCCUAAAAAAUUCCCAAGGUACUUUUAUUAAGAAAUUGUUAAUUAGAGAUUUAAAACAGAAAGUUAAUUAUGAUCUUUUACCUUAUUUAAAAAAAAAUAUAAUGAAGGAGAAAAGAGUCAGGUAUUUGAAUUUUAGGAAUCUUCAUAAGGAAUUGUUUGAUUAUAGAGAUAUAGUUAGGGAAUUUAAGUCACAUAAUAUUAGAGUUCAAAAAUACAAUAAUUUACACUUCGACAUUUAUCAAUUUAUACUGAAACUUGAUUAAUUAUUUAAUUCUCAUUUAAAAAUAUUACAUAAAUAAAGCUUCUUUAUUAUGUUUAUUAUUCUAG